GCAUGUGACAUCUCCUUUAAACCAGAUGAUAUUAAUCUAUAGUAGCAUAGGAGUAGGUCCAGAUCAAUAAUUUUCCAUGUGGGUGUACUAUGGAGCAGCAUAGCACUGUAUGACAUCAGUGUUACUAUGGUGUUGCAAGCUGAAAGCAGCCAACAUUACCAGCAGUAUAAUCUCAUCUCUCCCUAGAUGAAAUCUAUUUUCUAUUACUGUUUGAUACAUGCCUGGUAGUUUUUGGUGAUGAAAAUGGGAACUACAGACCAACUUCAGGGCAUUGCCACGUGGUGUUUAUUCGCUGUGGUAUCCACAUUACUGUGGAGUUCAGCGAAGGCUGGAAAAGUGCUGCUUCUCAGUGUCCAAGUGACGGGACACCUGAAUGAAAUGGCAAUCAUUGGAAAAGAACUUGUAAAAAGUGGUCACGACGUAUACAUCGUUCUGGACAAAGACCUAAAACAACCGAUGCUGUUUAAAGGAACUGGAAUAAAGUACCUUCUUUAUUCUUCUGUUGAUAAAAAUCACACCAAGUUGCCUUUAGAUUUAUUUGGGGAUUCCAAAUCAUUCGUCGGGGGAAACGUCGUCGGAUAUUUAGAGGCGAUAACUACAAAUCGAGACAGGAUAACAAAUGACUGUAGCAAUGCUUUAUAUGAUGAUAAUCUGUUACACCAGAUUAAAGGAUUAACAUUUGACAUUGCCCUGGUUGAUGGGUUGGUUCAUUGCUAUCACUUGAUACCGUACGUGUUGGAUAUUCCUUACAUAACCAUUUCUUCAACGGUGUUCCCAUAUAUGACGAGGAUGCACCCCCUAAUUGCAACACGACCAUGCUACAUCCAGGGAGAUGCAAACACCUAUCUCACAAGACUAAAAGUAUUCUUCGGUAGCAUCCUAAUUGAACAGUUACCAAAAUUCUUCAUAAAGGAAAAUGAAUUUGUGUAUUACGCAAAAGACAAGCCAUUUUCAUCCCUUUAUCAUGUGGUGUCAAAAUCAAAGAUGUGGUUUAUCAAACAAAAUCUUAUUAGUGAUUGUCCAAGACCAGAGAUGCCAAAUGUUGUCUACAUUGGAGGAAUGACGUCGGGGAGAGCAAACCCCUUGCCCCCGAAAUUCCAGGAUUUGCUAGACACAUCAAAACAGGGUGUGAUUUUAUUCACAACAGGGACCUCAGUGUCAAAACUACCACUAAAUGUGACAAAGAAAUUUAUGACUGCAUUCAAGUUUGUGAAAGAGACAGUUGUAUGGAGACUCAAAUUAGACAAAAAAUCAAAACUUGCUGUGCCAAAAAAUGUGAAAUUGUUCGACUGGGUUCCACAGAAUGAUAUCCUGGGUCACCCAAAUGUGAAAUUAUUCAUCACACACUGUGGAAACAAUGGACAGAAUGAAGCACUCUAUCACGGAGUACCAAUGAUUGGUAUUCCAAUAUUUGGAGACCAGUUUUACAAUGCGGAACGAAUGGUACACAAAGGCUAUGGAGAACAGCUAGACUUCCAACACAUCAACACUGAGGAACUUGUAGAGAAAAUCAGAAUUGUCCAACUUGUUAAGAAAUAUCGUGAAAAUGCACAACGUGCUUCGAAACUGAUGAAAUGGAGGGAACAUCCUCUGGAUCAGGUCACAAACUGGGUGGAAUAUAUCUUAGAAUUCGGAGAUGAAGAACUGAAAACAGCUGCUAGCAACAUGAGUCUUCUUCAGUUUUUGAUGUUCGAUAUUUUUGCUCUGAUUGGCUUGGUUUUAUUAUUUUCAGUUUAUACACUAAAGUGGUGUAUAAUGUCGAUCAUUAGGAGAGUAAGGAGAAAGUUUAAGAAGAAGACAUGCACUGGAAAAUCGCCAUCCAAUCAAGAUACAAAGAAGAAAACACAAUAACAUUUGUCCAACUGUAAAUUAUUAAUACUACCAGCAUUCUUUGUGGACGUUUUUGCACAUGCAGAAAGAAAAUGAAUAAAUAUUUUUAUGAGGGGUGCACUGUCAGACCAAAUUCUGUCAGUUCUAUCCCCACGGAAGUGUUACUCUGACGUAGUGAACAGCGAGUGGCUGCCAUAGGCUUUUCAUGAUUGACACAUAAUUUCUGUAUUUUUUUGGAUUGUUUUAAAAGUGCAUGUGUUACAUCCCUAAAAAUGUCUUUGAGUGAGAGGGAAUAACCAGUCAAUACUGAAAGAAUAGAACACUGUAGAAGAAAAAGGCACACAAAUGUUCAAGAGCCAGUUUGUAAAUAUGACAUUGAAGAACUGAAUACAUGUCUUUGUACAAAAUAUAACAAAAACAAUUUUCCUUUAUAUAAAAUUUCUUAUUUUUAUUAAAAACCCCAAUUUUAACACAUGAAAUGUACAUAUGUAUGAUGUUGAAGUAAUUUUAUUGAUUAAAAACUCAAUCUGAUGUUCAUUGUUUUCUGUGAACUAAUCACUAAACCCAUCUGUGUGAAACAUCCUCUUUUGUCGACUUCAACAUCAUGAUGUCUCACUUUUUAUCUAGUUAUCUAUGAUGGCUCAGCAGGAGCCUGGAGCCUCAGCAAUCCGUCCUCCCCAUCUGAAAAAUGUCUCAUCUGCUCAUUAUUCAGUGCCCCUCACCAGGGGUAAUUUAGCAAUCUGUCCCCUUGGCCUCCAAAUGGUCACCAUAGCAUCCUUUCUCUUCCAUCCCCAGGGAUCUAGUGUUAGGAUUUCUCCA